UUAACCCAACCCUAACCCACUUCCUCAUCUCUAAGCCGCCCUUCCUCCUCCUCCUGUCUCGUCUAAUCCGUGCCAUCAGCAUCUGCUGUCGCCCUAGUCUCACCCAAAGCCCCGAUCCUCAUCGGCCUUAAAGAUUUACUAAUAUAAUAACAUGCUUUAAACAUGUUAUACUAUGGUUUCCACUUCACAUGUGAAUUCUUCAAAUGGUGUAUCCAACUGCUAUGUAUUUAAGAGCCGAUUACAAGAGUAUGCGCAGAAAAAGGGACUGCCUACGCCUGUGUAUGAGACCAUCAAAGAAGGUCCUUCUCAUGAACCUUGCUUCAGGUCGACAGUGAUAGUUAACGAUGUUAAAUAUGAUUCUUUGACCGGUUUUUUCAAUCGGAAGGCUGCAGAGCAGUCUGCUGCGGAGGUUGCUUUAGUUGAGUUGUCUAAAUCUGAUCAACUCAAUGUUAUUUCUCAACCUGUUCAUGAAACUGGACUUUGCAAAAAUUUGCUUCAGGAAUAUGCACAGAAGAUGAAUUAUGCUAUGCCAGUAUAUGUGUGUCAAAAGAUUGAAACACCGGGUAGAGGUGCAAUUUUUAAAUGUACAGUUGAGAUUGGGGGGAUUCGGUAUAUUGGAGCAUCAGCAAAAACAAAAAAAGAAGCUGAAAUCAAAGCUGCUAGAACAGCUUUGUUAGCCAUACAGACGAGUGCUUCUGAGUCUUCUCAUAAACAAAGUGGCAACCAUCAGUUAACUGUCAUUCCAUUGAGAAAGAGAGAAGCAGAGACAGCUCCUGUCCUGGAGGAGGUUGCAUACAUCCCAAAGGUAAAGAAGUCUAGAUUCAAAAAGAAAUUGUUGAAAAAGAAACUUUCUGGGGACAAAGUGAAUUGGAAUCAAGGUAAUUUGGAUCUUAUUAGGGAUGGGCAGUCUGGAUUAGAAUUAGAUCAAAUUGAUGCAUCUUUCGUCCAAGGAGCUAGCCAUGGUGUGUUAACAAUGCUUGGUAUGAAGAAUUUGCAAGAUGAGAGCUUAGUGCCCGAGUCAAGCAAGAGGGAAAUUACUGAUGUGACGAGUGCUUUGAUGCGGCAUAUUGCUGGUGAUUUUGAAAGUGGAUCAUCAGUGACUUCAAUUUUUAAUGAAAGCAACAAUGGCAGGCCUACUGGAAUACCUGCCGAGUUUAAUGGGGAUGAAACUAAGAUUUCUGGAGUUACCCUGGCUCAGGCGAGUGCAUCAUCUGCCAUGCCUGAUUUAAUUCCAUUGGGAGGGAGAAUUGAGGCAGGCACAAGCCAAGGAUAGGACUUGCUAGAAAUAGAUAGUUGUAUUACUGAUUGGAGCUGUUUUUGCAAUUGUCACAGCAGAAAAGUGAAGAGAUAGAGAAAUAUAAUCAAGAUUGGUAAUUGAUUUAUUGAUAUUUUGAUAAUUAUGUCUAUUAAUUGAUUAGGAUGCCCUAGAAUUUUUUGGUUAGGGGCUAUUGUCUUAUGGGGUGCCCUUUCUAUUGUUCCACUGGUGUUGGCUUGGCAUUAUUGGUAGAUUUGUAAUAGGGCCUAUAUGGGAGAAUUUAUAUAUGUAACUAAGAUACGGAAACUUGCAUUGAAUUGGUUGGAUAAAGCUGCCUAUGGUUGUUUGCAGGUGCUAUGUUGGAUGUCUGCAUUUUAACUUGGCUAAGAUUUAUUAAUAGUUAAGAAGACCGGAACACAUCUUGUUAA